GCUGAGACGUCAUGGCCCAAGCUUCACACAGACCCAGCCUGAACACCUGUGAUAGGUUGAGUUUAUUAAUAGCGACAACUCACAUCUACCCUUAUCACAAGAGCGGCGGCCAUUGAACAAGGACGAAUACGAUGGCACUUCAAAGGCGCUACAGUCAAAGGAAUGGCGGAUUGGAGGAGACGUAUCAUUUCCAACCGGAAGAUACAAAGAAGUGCACCUUAAGAAUAAUCUUUGAAUCACUCGGGGCACAGUUCGGUGAUGAGACCAACCAACUGGAGUUACAGGUAUGGCAAUGGCGUCACAUUAAAGCUGACACAGGCGUCUUGUCGGAGCUAGAUGGGAAGUUAAAGCUGAAUAAUACAGAACGAAUCACAACCAUCAGCGCUGAUGAAAUCAAGGCAAUCUGCACAGGGAAUGGUUAUAGAUCUCCUUCUCGAAGAUUAUUUGGGGUGAGAACCAUACAAAAAAUAUUUCAGGACACUGCAUCUUGUCUUUGUUUAAUUCAACGUCCAGUACAAGAGAACCGGAGACAUAACCUACAUAAAAAACUAUGUGAUUCAUCAAUAUUCGUGUCAGGGAAAGCAACAUGUUUUGUGACACGCACUGGCAUUGCUGUGGUCACAAGCAAAACUAAUGAGAAGAUGGUGACUGAAGCAACUCAUAAACUGCUUACUGGAGUGUCGUAUUCUUCAUCCUCAUCCAGCUCUGUGGACGACUCAAGCAUGGAAGAUACAUUUACAAAGUUACAACACAGAAGAAGCGUCCAAUUGGAGGGACAUGUUGUUCCCUUUCUCAGAGACAACAUCCAAGCACGUAAUCAUCUCAUUCUGAAAAGCAAACUUCAAGGUAUCACCUGUACAUUUACCCCAGAAGAAAACAAGCUCCUUCUAUUGGCCGGGACAAAAGGGCAUCUUGAUAUGUUUAAUGACAUAUAUCUUAAGUGUAUUAAACAAAUCACAUGGGAUCUUAAAGACAGUAAUAUUUUGAAAGUUCUUACAAAUGCUGAAGUAGUGACCGAUUGUAAUGAGUAUUGUCAGUUAAGAUUUCCCGGCAAGGCCAUGUUCUUCUCUGAUGAAGCAAACCAAUGUAUAUCAAUCAUUGCCACUGAUGAUGCUUUGCCUCAAGCUGAAUCCCAUCUGAAAGAACAGAUGUCCAAAUAUGAAAAUGGUGCAAUCAAACUUGACGACAGAUCAUUUAAACAGGUCAAGCAGCAUUGGGAGAGCAUAAAGCAGAUUGGAGCGCGGUUGGCAUCGGGAAAAAUCAACAUUUCACAAAGUACAGACAAACAGGCAAUUACUGUCAUUGGAACAAGGGAUGCAAUACGAGACUUCAACACCCAACUUGAUGAGUAUUUGUCCUCCCCUGAACUAUGUUUCUUGCAGUUGCGAUUUCAAGGAAAGAAGCAAAAGCUGCUACAGUCUCGACCAAGAGCUAAAGAGUAUGUUGAAAUGAGCGUGGCAAAAAGCGAUCACGUCGACUUUGAACUUGAUACUCAGGCAAAUGAAUUUGUUUUAGUCGCCCCAGGAGAGCAUAGGGAGAUAGCACGGGAAUUCUCAUCACUGGUCAAGACAAGGGACAUCCGAGUGCGCAGAAACAGUGUCAUAGGGAAGAGCCUCUUUGAUUUGAAACAGGACCUCUUGAACCGCACGUUACCAUGCCACGAGAAAAUGUUAGUAGAAAUUGACAUUUCCACAGGUACCUUUUCAAUAACUGCAACAAAGGAUGUAUUUGACGAAGCAGUGAAACAAUUCGAGAAUGUGUAUAAAGAUAGUACAGGCAGAGUGAGAAGAGAGUCAUGUGAAGGACCACAAUCCCCAAUGUCUCCUCCCGUCACGCCGGUCCCUUUCCAAAUGGUCAGUCAAAGGAACUGGAAAGACCUGACAGUAAAAAAAUAUAUGCAAAAUCUGUUGCAAUCGUGCCCGGAAGCGAGGACGCAUAUUUUAAACAAGAUGAUGUCAGAUGGUGUCCAGGUGAAGGCUACAGCGGAUGGUGCAGUGCAAUACAUGGACGCCACUGGAAUAGAUGACCAGAGGGUUGAAAAUAUCCUCAAGAACUGUAUCGAGAAGAAGGAUAUUGACUUUGAAAUAUAUCCAGUGGGUGGUUAUUUGAGACCAUCCGAAGCAAGAACAAUAAUGAAACGUUUGUUGCAGAAUCUGUCAAGCAAAAUGCUCAUCGAAGCAGAUGAUUCACAGAAGGUGCUGACUGUUUCCAGUACAAAAGACAUUGCAGCUGAAGUCCUUAAAGGGAUAAAACGUUUUCUGCAAGAUUACACUUACUCGGAAGAAACUAUUUUGUUGACGAAGGAAGAAACAAGAACAUUUUGGAUGCAGAAUGCAGAACUGCGUGACGUUGAGAAGUCACUUUCAGAGGAAAAAGUAAAAGUUUCACUAAAGAGUUCCCAGCUAAUGAUAACUGGUGCCAAGGUUGGUGUCGACAAGUGCAAGAAGAAAAUUGCUGACAUGCGAAGUUCGCAGAAUAAUGCACAUGGAAUCCCACCUGAAACAGAGCAGAUGGACGCAUCACAGUCCUGUUUUCUCUCCAGUCAGAUGACCAAAGUUCUUCAGGAUAUACCUCACUGUAGACACUUUGUGAAUCGUGUGUUCACACAUGCAGCGUGUUCAACACGGGUCACAGAUGACGGGUCCCGUCUCACACGUACCCAACGGAGCACCACAGGGGUGCCUGCACCUUCAAAUGGGAAAUUCAAGAAAACACUAAAGGCGCCUCUCCCCAGCCGAAUAACGACCAUGGGUCCAACACUGGUGAAGAACACGAUGGCAAAGAAGGAGCCAGUCUUAGCUGACAGAGUUUUGAUCUACGAGGACGAGUCGACCUUGAAGCUGUUGAUUGUUGGAGAUGCUACGGAUGUUGAACAAUGUUAUAGGAUAAUAUUGACAAUAUGAAAUCAGGAUACAGUUUACAAGCUCGAUGUUGUGCUUGAACGGUGCAUUUAUCCUCUUUGACUACUUGCUUGCUGUUAUCAUAUGAUACAAUGUUGAACUCGCAAUGACUGUCCUAUUGAUGAAAUAUUCCAGCUAUAUAGUGGCCAUCUGAAAAUAAUAAAGUGUCAACUAGGUCAGCGAGUCUGACCACCCAAUCCAGUUAGUCGCCUCUUACGACACGCAUGGGUUAUUGAAGACCAAUUGUGACCCGGAUCUUCAAGGGUCU